UCGAUAAUUCCCGCCUCUUCUGGGCAUUGAGUGAUUUUCGCGAAAUAUUUGUUUACCAAUUGAAUAUUUUGUUAAUAAGAGCCUUUUAGCGGCCUUGACAAGCAAGAUGGCCAGUGGUUACAAGACGCCGCGAAAGCAGAACCUGAAAUCCAUCGAGAACCUUACCAACUCCGAAGACGAUGAGGAUUUGGACACGGCAAUGGUGGAGGAGGAUGUGGGCAGCAGACGUCGUUCCACCCGUCGUCCAAGUCCCACCAAGAAGUACCAGGCCUACAAGGAGCAGGCCAAUGGAAAGGUGCAGGAGGAGCGCAUAGUCGUCAACUAUGUGGAGAUGUCGGAUGCGCAGAGCAGUGAGGAGCCGGAACAAGAAGAAGAAAGCAAUGAGGAUUCGGAGAACGCCGAUCGUCCCACUUCCAAGGACCUGCAUCUCAUCCAAACCGACUACAAUGUGGCCGGCACCAGCAUGUUUGGCUUCAAUACGCCCAAGAAACGCGAUGCCAUGGCCCUGGCGGCCCUAAAUGCCACGCCCCGCACGCCCAAGACCCCAAAGACCCCGAAAACCCCACGUCUGGGGCUCAAAACGCCGGACACCAAGCGCAAAAAGCCCACGGAUCAGCCAAAGACACCGGCCCAUGUUCGCAGUCGCGUCAAGAAUCAUAUUGCCAAAAUAGUGGCGGAUUCGGAUGAGGAUUUCUCCGGCGACGAAAGCGACUUUCGACCCAGCGAUGAGGAGUCCUCCGCCAGCAGCAGCAGCAGCAGUGGCAGCGAUGCCGGCGACUCCUCCGCCGAUGAUGAGCCCAAAACGCCGGCUAAAUCCCGUCGUGCCAUUGUGGUGCCCGUUCUGCCCAAAACACCGUCGGCCGCACGGCUGCGACAAACGGCGCGGGCCAAGAAAUCGAAUGAGUUUGUGCCCGAGAGCGAUGGCUACUUCCACUCGCAUGCCAGCAGCAAGAUCCUCACCUCGGAUCACACCUUGGAUCGCCUCAAGAAUCCCCGUCUGGCCGCCGAUCGCGUGUUUAGUUUGCUGUCCGAAAUCAAGCUGUCCACGGAGCACGAGGCAUCCAUAAAUGCCAUAAUGGAGGAGUAUCGCUCGUACUUUCCCAAGUGGAUGUGCAUCCUGAACGAGGGCUUCAAUAUACUGCUGUACGGACUGGGCUCCAAGCGGCAGCUGCUGCAGGCAUUUCACCGCGAGGUUUUGGAGAAGCAAACGGUGCUGGUGGUCAAUGGAUUCUUUCCCAGCCUCACGCUCAAGGAUGUGCUGGACAGCAUCACAGGCGAGAUUUUGGACGCGGGCGUUAGUCCUGGCAAUCCGCACGAGGCGGUGGACAUGAUCGAGGAGGAGUUCGCCCUCAUACCGGAGACCCAUUUGUUCCUAAUCGUUCACAAUCUGGAUGGAGCGAUGCUGCGGAAUGUGAAGGCACAGGCGAUUCUGUCGCGUUUGGCGCGAGUGCCCAACAUUCAUCUGCUGGCCUCCAUCGAUCACAUAAAUACACCAUUGCUCUGGGACCAAGGCAAGCUGAGCAGCUUCAACUUCUCGUGGUGGGACUGCACCACCAUGCUGCCGUAUACGAAUGAAACCGCCUUCGAGAACUCCCUGCUGGUGCAGAAUUCCGGCGAACUGGCCCUCUCCUCGAUGCGCAGUGUGUUCUCCUCGCUGACCACCAAUUCGCGUGGCAUCUACAUGCUAAUCGUGAAGUACCAGCUGAAGAAUAAGGGCAAUGCCACAUACCAGGGCAUGCCGUUCAGGGAUCUCUACUCGAGUUGUCGCGAGGCCUUCUUGGUCAGCUCAGAUUUGGCGCUGCGGGCCCAGCUCACCGAGUUCCUCGAUCACAAACUGGUCAAAUCGAAGAGAAGUGUGGAUGGCUCCGAGCAGCUAACCAUUCCCAUCGAUGGCGGCCUGCUGCAGCAGUUCCUCGAGGAACAGGAAAAGAAAUAAGCCAGCCAGCCAAGUAAUUUUAGAACAUAUUAAUUUAUUAUCUAAUAUUGUUAAAUACAAUUACAAUUUCGCUUUUAAAAAUGUUGUUGUCGUGUUGCUUGCACUUGUUUUGCCCAUUAGUGCAGAGUUUCUUUCGUUCUUUGUUGUUGUCAAUUUCUACACAUUUAGAUUGGCAUGCAUAAAAGUUCUUGGUUUACUAGAUACACAUUUUAGAUGGCU